UCCCCGAGGCUGCCUCAUUCCCGGUCCUCUGAUCACGACCUCUCCUCACGCUACCGCGACGCCGCCUCAGCCCGCGUAGCCCUGGCCAUGGCUCUGUAGCCACGACCCAUCUGUGUCCCCAGCCCCUCUCCGCGCUUACCGCGCCUACGCUCUCCGCUUCCACCGUCUUUCUUCACUCGAGGCAGCCGCCGCCUCUCCUUUCCGCAGCCAUGGAGUCCUCCUCUUUUGCCUUGGUGCCUGUCUUUGCCCAGCUGAGCAGCCUACAGAGCCUCUUCACAGCUAUUGGUGCAUCCUCCACUGCCAUUAGUGUCCAGCGCCUGUGCCACAGUCAUGUCACUCCUGGCGACCCUGGGGCUGGAGCUAGACAGGGCCCUGCUCCCAGCUAGCGGGCUGGGCUGGCUCGUAGACUAUGGGAAACUCCCCCUGGCCCCUGCCCCCCUGGGCCCCUAUGAGGUCCUUGGGGGAGCCCUGGAGGGCGGGCUUCCAGGGGGGGGAGAACCCCUGGCAGGUGACGGCUUCUCUGACUGGAUGACUGAGCGAGUUGAUUUUACAGCCCUCCUCCCUCUGGAAACCCCGUUGACCCCAGGCGCCCUCCCCCCACCUUCCUCACCUCCCCCUGACUUGGAAGCCAUGGCCUCCCUGCUCAAGAAGGAGCUGGAGCAGAUGGAAGACUUCUUCCUUGAAGCCCCACUCUUCCCACCACCUUCCCCACCACCGCCACCACCACCAGCACCCUCCCUCCCCCUCCCCUUCCCCACCUUUGACCUCCCACAGCCCCCUGCCCUGGAUACCCUCGACCUGCUGGCCAUCUACUGUCGCAGUGAGGUUGGGCAGGGGGAUGUGGGCUUGGUGCCCCUGGUCCCACCCCAGCAGCAACAGCCUCCUCCUCCUCCUCCUCCUCCUCCUCCUCCUCCUCCUCCUCCUCCUCCGUCCUCUCGCCCAGCCCCCUAUCCAAAUCCUGCCAGUGCCCGAGGGGACCGCAAGCAGAAGAAGAGAGACCAGAACAAGUCAGCAGCUCUGAGGUACCGCCAGAGGAAGCGGGCAGAGGGUGAGGCCCUGGAAGGCGAGUGCCAGGGGCUGGAGGCGAGGAACCGGGAGCUGCGGGAGAGGGCUGAGUCUGUGGAGCGGGAAAUCCAGUACGUCAAGGACCUGCUCAUUGAGGUGUACAAGGCGCGCAGCCAGAGGACCCGCAGCAGCUAGAGGCCAGGCCUUUGAGUUCUAGGGGCUGCUUAUCAGCUCAGGUCCAUUUUUGUCCUGGGGCUGAGGUGGAGGGAGGGGUCCUCCUGCAUCCCUCUGCCUCUACCUUUAUUCUGCCCCCCUUCUGCUGUUGUCUCCUCUUGCCUAUUCUGGAUUUUAUGCCCUCCACCCCACCAACAAUGGAAAUGUUCACCCCUAGUCAACAUUGACACCCACCACUACAAUGAGGAGCCAAAGCCCACUGGGAGCUCAGAGCCAGGAGCCCUAGUCUCUCGAAUUGCAAAUCAGUGGCUUCCUACAGGUGGUCCUGGGUGGGUGCACUGACCACAAGACAGAGCAGGGAUACUCUGCAAAUGAAAAUCUAUGUGGGGCUUAUAAGGGGACCCAUGUAAUAUAGGUGAAUAAGCAAGCCAAGUGUCCUUGGGGAUCUGUUCCAGGAGGGAGCCAUGUCCACAGAGCAGGUGGAUCUGCAGGCCAACGGGGAAGAAGGAGGAUGGCUAUAGUUGGUGACUGGGGGAUCAUUUUAGCUCUGGGAGAAAAUCAGUGUUUUGUGAAGGUUUGGGGGAGGGGCUGCAUCUAGGUGAGGGUGUGUGAUCCUUUGGGGGAUUGUGAGCAGAAAUAAAA